AUGAGUAUCGUCGCUACAGCUACUCCUGGAUCACAGCGAAUGUCUUCGAAUACAGCUUCAUAUCAACAAUUUACCCCUCCGCAUAAUCCUGCCGUGCUGCCUCAGUCUCCUCGUUCUCCGAUCAGGAGCCCGACUUUCCCCCUUCUCUACUCGAAUCAUACUGCCAAUUCGAGCGUCCCGAGCCUCUACAGUCCUGCCACCGUCAGAUAUUCAUACUACCCGCCGACCAAGCAUGGCAGGAUCUCGCCGCAAGACCAGCAGCCAAUGCCGGUCUUUACCAAUCGACUCCCAGACGAGGUCUAUGAGUGCAUCCUAACCCAUCUCUGGUCGUUGCAUAUCAGUUCCUGUACUGAGGGUUGCUUGACUUGCUACAUGCGAGACCUGUAUUCACUAAGCUUGACUGAUAGAGCAUGGGAAAAGGCAGUCAGAGGUAGACUAUAUAACAAAAUCUAUCUUCAUGGUAGCGACUCCCCGGGUCCACUGAAGAAGUACAAAUGGAAACGUGGCAGUCGAUUGAGACUUCUCAGACGAACAUUGAGAGAGAGAAAGGCCCUGGCCAACAUGGUCUUUGAACUCAGGGUGCCAGAGCUGGAUGCUCCGCUGAUGACGGGCAAACAACAUGUUAUUCUCCAGGAAUACCGUGACCUGGUUGCCUCUGUUGUCAUGGUCUGCCCUAAUCUCGAACGCCUCCUUGGUCUAUCGAUACCAUACAACCAUGAGUUUGACCGGCUUACCCAUGCGCUAUCCACAAGGAAAAAACUCAAGGAACACGCCUGGAUUAUUGGCCCGAAUGCAGAGGCGACUGAACGUUCACAGAAUAAGGCCACUGAAGUACUGGACCAAGGCCAGGUGUACCAAUUUCUCAGCCACCACACAUCAUGGUCAAAACUGGAGUCAAUGGUGUUGCAUUCCAUGGACUCAAAGGGUAUACUGGAACACGGCGUGUUUAUACGGAUGUUCAACUUCCUACCUGCCUUACAGAAUUUAUCUGUUUCGGGGUUUGAAGCAGACAAUUUCACCGAUAGAACGCUACUCUUUCUACCUGCCCUGACCUCACUUCGGCUGGAGGGACUUCAAGGAGUCACAGAGAAUGGACUAGCGCGAUAUGUGGGCAGACCAGAGGCACGAGGACUAAAAUCCCUGGCCCUGGUAGAGCAAAACAUAUCCUCCCUUCUGAUCUUAUCGAAAAUCCUUGCUUCCCUUGGAUGUUUGGAAAGAUUCACCAUAGUUCAAUCCUCCGUUGUCCCAUCUUUGCCGAAAGGGGGAAUGGUGUUUCAACCGCUCCUUGCUUCGGCAACCCUGAAACAUCUACACUGGGAUGUUGCCUGUCCGAAUGGUGCCGAUGCACUAAACCAGAUCGAUACCGUGCCAUUCUCUAAGGUCCUGAGCACAGCCAACACCCCCAACUCGCAUCUGGCGCAGAGCAUCUUGCACGUCGGGUUCCCUUCUCUUGAGCGCCUUCGAGCGCCGCUUGAUAUAGAUCCAUUGGGAGCACUCCAGAACGUCUGUCGUCCAUCCAAAAAUGGGUUGAUCAUGGUCCCUGCGGAUCGCCAUAACCUUCCCCGGAGUUCCCACGGAUCGCUUCCUAAACGGCCCCUUGCAAUGCCAGCAGGGAAUAACCUGUCCUCAGCACGUAUACGUUCCCAGGCACUUAUCGAUAUCGCUGCCAAGGAGAAUGAUGAAGGCGUGAAAGUCAUCAUCACAGACCACUCAGAAGAUUUCCUAGCUCCGAAUGUAGUAAUACAACCUGGUUACGUGAGCGCUGAAGCAGUUUUGGCUCUGAAUGGUGGCAAGGCACAGACGCCUGCUCUCAAGAUCCUUGAGUUCCUGAUACCCGCUUGCAUGGGCAGGGUGGGCUUAUCGAAUAAAAGUAGCACCACUGCACUGACUCCACGAUUUACUCUCCAGCCUGAUAUACCAAACUCAGAUGCAGAUGGUGGUAUAAUAAGCCACAAACACCUCUUUGCCGCAAACCAAACCUCCCUCUUCACCAGCUGCUCUCCCUCUCCCAACCACCCACCCAUACCAGUUGCAUCACACAAUUCGAAAAGAACAAAUACAAACUCUAGUUUCAGCGACGACACAUCUUCUCCAUCAACUGCUACUACCACCACCUCCUCAUCCUCCCGUUUCUCUGUCUGGGGCGGCUCAAAUACACGAAUUAAUCACAGCAACUCCAAAUCCACCAGCUCCAACCCUCCCAUGCCACCAAAAACCCCAACAUCGCCCACUAGAGGUACCGCGUGGCCCACUACGGGUGGCAAUGGGGAUCAACCGUUCUGGGCCAAGGAUACAUGCAAUGGAUCAUGGAACCAAGGCCAUAAAUAUGGCAAGGAGUGGUGGAGCCACGCUGAACGAGAACGCAAUAUCGGAGGUAUCAAGAAAUCCAAUACUUCGGCCGCGUUACUCAGUGUCAGUGAUAUCUUCCGUUGA